UCCCCUGAAUCCAAAUUGGUGCAGUAGCUGAUCAUCACUUUGCAGUUGUAUAUGCCCUCAUUUAGUACGUCAAAAACAUGAAAAAUUGCCAGCAUAUGAAUUUUAGUGCUGCUGUCACUGUAGACUGGGAUAUUGCAGAUUAUUGCCUUAGUAAGAUGGCCAAGGGACAUUUGUUGGUAGAAUGUUCUUUAUUGAUCCUUUGAUUGCAAGAGGUCUGUAUGACUUCCAGGGAGAAGCUGUUAAUGGAGAAAUCUCAUUUUCUGCAGGAGAUGUCCUGACUAUUCUCAGACAGGACAUAGGGGAAGGGUGGUGGGAGGCCAGGAAUUCACAUGGGGAACAGGGCUUGAUUCCUGAGGCUUAUGUGGAGAUUGAGGUGGACUCUGUACCAGAACCCAACAUUCCCCUCCCUCCACCACCCCCAGGGUUUGAACAGGACAAUGCCUUACAAUAUACCACAGACGCACCAAGGCAGUCCAUGCACCAUAUUCCUUAUCAGGAUACGGGCCAACAGCACAACUAUCAACAACAACAACAUCAGCAGCAGCAACAGUACCAACAGCAACAAUAUCAACAACAACAACAACAAUACCAUCAACAACAGCAACAACAGCAGCAGCAGUACCAUGACUACAAUCAAGAUAGGAGUAAUAUACCUCAGACCCAGGAAAGCUUUGAUGACUGGGAUGAUGACUGGGAUGACGAUGAUGAUGCCUCGAGUACCACAACAGAACAGACAGGAGGCCAAGCUGAUGCAGGAUCUUCCAGAAUCAAUCGCCAGUCGGCUGAUCCUUCCAAAUUUGGAACAGUAAAGAAAGGAUUUAACAGAUUUUCCACAUUUGUCAAAACUGGUGGAGAAGCCUUUAUGUUAGGAACAACUUCAGUUGCUAGGGUGCCUGAAAAUGAAAUGGUGAAAAUAAUUGAAACAAGUGAAGGCUUUAUGUGGGAGCCUAAUCCACAUCCUUUUACAUGUAAUGUUGCCUCACCCAAGAAGGAGAGCAAGUUUAAAGGGAUGAAAAGUUUUAUUGCAUACCAGAUAACACCUACGUUUAGUGGAAUUCAAGUGAGCAGAAGAUAUAAACAGUUUGAUUGGUUGCAUAAAAGACUGGAGAUAAAAUUCCCGUGUAUUGUUGUCCCACCAUUACCAGACAAACAGGUCACAGGUCGUUUUGAAGAAGAAUUCAUUCAAGAAAGGAUGCGCCAGUUACAAGAGUGGAUAGAUCGUCUAGUCAAACAUCCUGUAGUUAGCAGGAGUGAAACUUUCAUUCAUUUUCUAACUACCACUGAUGAAAAGCAAUGGAAGCAGGGGAAGAGGAAAGCUGAAAAGGAUGAGUUUCAAGGAGGAAAAUUUAUGCUCACCAUCCAAGUGCCUCCACAACCUCUAGAUGCCACUGAUACAGAAGCAAAAAUAGAUGAAUUUGGAAAAUUUACCAAGAACAUGGAAGAUGGCUGUCGGCAUUUGAUGCAUGUAUUUCAAGAUAAUGCUAGAAAACACCAAGGACCCUUCAAGAGAGAAUUCCAAAAGAUUGGCAAUUCAAUCACAAAUUUGGCAAGUUCCUUUGAAAUGGCUGAUGAGUCCUACUCUGCACCCUUAACAGAUGCAAUAAAAUAUACAGGAAAAACCUAUGAUGAAAUAGGAGGUCUAUUUGAACAACAGCCAAAGUUUGAUUCCUAUUCUGUCAUAGAAACACUCCAUGAAUACAAAGGAAUAUUGCAGGCAUUUCCAGAGGUCUUAACAACACAUAAGGCUGCAAUGACUAAGGUGAGAGAGUGCCAAAAGAGCCAAGAAGAAGGGAAGAUGAGUGAGUCGGACUACCAGGCUGUGGUCCAGAGGGGAGACAUUGUGUCUUAUUCUGUUCUGGCAGAAAUCAACCACUUCCAGCAUGAAAGGGCAGUCGACUACAAGAUGAUGUUUCAGAAUUAUCUCAAAGCACAGAUUGAGUUUCAUAAAAAGAUCACCACCAAGUUGGAGGAAGCUUUGAACAGAUAUAACAGUGUAUAGACAAUCAAGAUGAACGACUGAGUAGUAAAUAGUGGCUCAUAUGUGAGAAAUGUAGGAAUAUGCUACAGUCAGUGCUUUGUAUGCCUUUCACAAAGCUGGAAGACUUGCAUAGUCUCCAGGGCUCUCUGACAGAACAUAUAACAACAGGAUACAGACAUGUAUAUAUGAAUACUAUGAAAAAAUGCCCAUUUAUCAGGAUUUUAAAAUGGGAGUUUAAAAAACAAUGGUAUUCUGUUGAUUUUCAAAUUCAUUAUUGUAAAAAAUAAUUUUAUUUUAUGAAGACAGAUGGUGAAUUAUUCCAGGAAAUUAUUUCAGUAUCAGGAAAGUGCAUGCAUGCCAUGUCUCAGAACUACAGUGCCUCCAUGCCCUUCAAAAUUUUGACAAGAAUUCACUUGUUCUAAUUUUUACAAAAAAAUAAUUUUUUUUAAACAUAAAAGUGUUUUCUAGUCAUGGCAGUGAUCUAUUGUGAGACAAACAUUAUAGUAGAUAUGUACUUUAUGCUCAAAAUUUGACAAGUUUCAUGUUUAUUAGGUGAUUGAUGCAAAAGGUGCACUAUUUCUGGGUAUCCUCUGAUACAAAAAAAUGAUCUAGAUACAUAGAUGAUGUUCACUGGGAGCAGCACACACCUUUAUUAAUACCAGUAUGAUUGACAUUUUUACACUUUACAUAAUAAAUUUAUUGUUAUGUAUAUUGGAAUAUUUAUGAUGUACUAAUCCAUUUGUCACUGACAUUUAUUAUAACCAAUUUUCUGGCUUUUAGCAGCACUGUUAAACAUUUUGAGAGCUUCUCCCACUUUAGGAAGAUUAUGCAAAAGUUCUCAUUGUUGUCACCAUUGGUAUACAACCGUAUUAGUGGGUCCUUCUAAAGGCCUGGCCUAUUGAAUUGGUACAUAUUUAUACUUUUCUUACAUGCUUGAUGUGGAUAGUUGUGCUUGUAUUAUAUGAUGUGACUUGUUUAAGUGCCAGCACCACAUUGCUAUUUUAUCAUAUCCGUGGUCAGAAACAAAAUGCAGAUCAUUUUGCUUUAAAAAGAUCAUUAUGACAUGCUAGUGAAAUGCCAUAUCUUGCUGCAAAUGUGGUAAACAGCAUAAAAAUCUUAGGUUAAUUGACCAUGGUGAUUCCAGAAUGUGCAUUGAUUAAACAGUUUUUGUCCUGGUUGAUUUGACUGCCACAAUAGACAGAUCUGUGAUAUCUUACCAAUUAGUGUGUAAUGUGCCUGAUUCCAGGAAUCUCCAUCCUGCCUUUUCAGUUCAUCAACCUUGAAGCAGAUCAAAUCUUGAGGAGUUAAUCUUAGAUAAAAAUCUUAAUCUUAGAUAUUCUAUUCAAAUAAACAUUAUUUUAUUUUAGUACAGAGGCUUAAAUUCAAGAAUAACCAGAUGGUUUUGAUUAAAUUUUGUUCCACCUGGCAAAAAUAUCCCCAACAUGAGUUAAAUCCAAUCCUCAUUAAUGUUCCUUUGGGUAAAUAAGGAGACAUUGUUUAUAAUGACUCGUGUUUAAGAAAAGUAUAGAAACAAUAUGAUAACUGAAAAAACGAUAUUAUUUAAAGUGGUGUUUUUUGCAGUAUGGUACUUGGGGGUUAUAGAUUUUGCUAUAAACGAAUAGCUUAUACCAGUGAAACCUGAAAUAUUUUUGAUAAAUUGAUUAUAUAUCUAAGAAUUAAGUUCAGUUAAACUGUAUGAUACAACAGUAGGUACUUUUCCAGUGGUUUUGCUGUAUUCAGUAAAAGAACAUUUAAGCUGAAAACAAAAGAAAGUAAUGUAAUCUAGAGCUGGUCUCUUUCUUAGCAAAUUAAUUUUCAGUGGGAAGUGCUUGACAAAAAAAGAAAUGGUUAGUAAUUAUGCAUGCAUUCAUUCGUAUAACUUGCUGUAUGAGCAAAUGAUCCAAGCGCUCUUUAUACAUAUGUAGAAUUAUAUUUUCUUUUUAAGUCGAUCUGAUGGAAAUAAAAUUUUUAA